AUGAGCAGCCAUGCGAACCACGUCUGUCUACGCUGUAGGACGCAGAAGCGUAGAUGCGACAAGCUGCUUCCAGUGUGCUCUUUGUGCAAAAGACUCAACCGUGUCUGCUGCUACACGGAACCAAACGGAAUAGUUGGAUCUGGAGACUCCCCCGAGGCUGUAUCCUCGAUUUCGCUACCAGUCCCUGAUCUCGCCCAGCUUACGUCGGCCAACAUAUCUCACACUAUCAGGACGCAAGUCUUCACCAUCAUUGGGGAUGAAAGUAGGAUCCGAGCGGUGGCCGCGAUAUACUUUCGGACAAUCCAUCCUUGGUUUCCCAUACUAGCUGAAGCACCAUUUUACGAGUGUCUAUCCCACAUCUUUACCCAUCCGAGCCCGGAUCUCAGCUUGCUCACGCUUUGUAUGGUUCUUUUGGGUGCCAACCCAGUCAAGGAUGAGAUAACACCCCGGAUGCGCUCCCUAUACAUAUUAGUGAAGGGGUACAUUGCAUCAUUAGAAGCGAUUGACGUCAAUUCAUUGGAGCUGCUGCAGUGUAGACUACUACUCACUAUAUUCGAAGUGGGCCACGGCUUGUACCCAGCAGCAUAUAUCUCCAUAGGUGCAAAUGUUCGGGCAGCAGUGGCUCUCGGGGCGAAUGAAGCAUCGAAAGCCGAGCUAGAAAAAACGUUCAAGUCCUCAGAGAAAGCGGACGAGGCUCGGUGCACAUGGCGUGGCAUUGUCAUAACAGAUAGGUAUGUCUCCUUAGAGAGUAACAAAGGACCGAUUAUCCCGAAAGCUCUACUGUCGGGAGCCGACUCUGACUCGUUCGACCUGGCUUUAACACCGUCGAAGCCUCUGUACCACUUCAAUAAACUAGCCCAAGCUUCACGUAUACUGGAACAAGUGCUCACCCACGUCCACGACCCGGUUCAACAUAUGGAAUUUUUCAAUGAUGAGGCAAUACAGAUUUUAAAGACACUCAGCUCGUUCAGAGAAACUGUACAAGAUAAGGACGCCGUCCCACAUAGUCUGUGCUACAGUGCAGUUGCCAUAUCCCGCAGCGCCUUGAUGACUGUCCUAGAGUUUGGCUGCAGCUUUAAGGCUUCCGGCAUAGAGUCCUGUGUCGUGGGGUCGUACAGACUCAUGCACAACGUAGUUGAGGAACUUGUUAACGCGUCCGAGAGCUUCGCUGCACAAAUCAGACCGGCUGACUUAGAGGCGCUGCCCGUAUUUGUAGUGCAUUGUAUCUACAAGGCAGCUCGGGUAUUGCUGGGUGUGUUAAGGGAUAGCCCGAGGUUUGAUUCCAGGAGAGCAAACGAUAUCUUGAAGAUCUGA